GAUAUUAGGCUAAAUGGACAUAGUUACCAUUUUUUUUAUCUAAAAAAAAUCUUAUUAUUAAUUAAGAAAAAUUGUGGAGGAAAUUAACCUAGGCGACUCUAUACUUUAAACAGAAACCUAUGCUAUCCAAACCAAAUAUUUACGCAGUUGAGUAUACUUCUAUCUAGGGCUGUGCAAAAAAUCCGGAACCAAAAAACCGAACCGAAUCCGAUCUGAAAAAUAUAUGAAUGAAUUUAAAAUUUUGGUAUUUAGAAAACCGAAACCGAAUCUGAUCCGAACCAAAAAUAUGUUGGGUAUCAGAUUAUAUCUGAAAUAGAUUUAUAUACAUAUAUAUAUAUUAAUUAUUUUGUAGAUUUAAUGUAUAUUAAAAACUCUCAAAAUAUAUAAAAUACUUUUAAAUUUUCCAAAAUACUUGAAAAUAUAUACAAAUUCUCAAAAGUUUAUGUCUAAAAUAACUAAACUAUACUCAAAACAUCAAAAAUACUUAAAAUAUCUAUUGAAUCAGAGUCCAAAUAUUCAAACCUAAUCAGUUUAUAUGUUAAUUUUAUGUACUUUAACAAAUGCUAUUAAAAUUUAUAUGUAAUAUAUUAUUUUUUUAUAGAUUUUGAGAAAUUUAAAGUAUAUAAUAAUUUAAAAUAAUUUAAAUGGGUUAUCCGAACCUGCAAGAAUCCGAACCGAACCCGAACCGAAAUUUAAAAAUAUCUGAAUAAAACUGAAAUCUUUAAAUCCGAAAAUCCAAAACCCGAAUAGACCCGAACCAAAACCCGAACGGACACCCCCACUUCUAUCUCUCAGUUUGGUCUACUCUCUCUUCUCUUUCAUAUCAUUCAAUGAAAUUAAAGUUAAUUGGGUGAAAAACCAAAAAACUUGUGUGAGCGGUUUGUUUAGUUUUCCCCCUAAUUAUGAAGUUAUGUUUUGGGAUAUGAUGCAAAUACUCCAGAAAUUAUGUCUAUUCCUUGAUCAAACAUCUGCAAAUUCAAAACAUUAUUAGGGGUUUUGUUAGACACAGUAGUUUUUAUGUUAAUAUAAACGUGAAAAGAAAUUACGUUUUACCUUUAUCUCACCCUUGACAUUAAUCUGCCAAUGUCAAUGCUUGAAGCCUUGAGAUCUAUCUAUCAGAUAGAUUAGUAAAUUAAAAGACUAAAUGUAUGUAGAUUCUUCAAUGGUUCUUGGAAUGCUCUCAUUCACUGUGAUUAUCUAUACUGAAGCUUGGUUAUAUGUCCGUGGUUUUAUUUUAAAGUGGUGGAGAAGAUGAGAAUGCAAAAAGUUAGAUUCUUUUGUAUAUGUAUGGUCAUAAUGGCUUUGUGUUGUUUUUUUGGUGAAUGCAGAUUCUUAAGAACACAACAGGAAACAAGAGAGGAGGAGGUGGUGGUUCUAACGCUGAUGCAAGCCUUUGAACUCCCUUGUUCUUGUGUUAUUUAUGUGGAUAAAAUUUACAGGGAAUUGUAUUAAUAAAUUAUUGUCACAAUCUUUAUAUUGCAUGGGAUGUGACUUCUGAGAUAAUAUAUAGAGUUAUUUUGUAAUCUUUAGAUUUUCUUAAUUCUUUUUUUUCUUGGUUGGUCUGAUAGAUUUUCCCAAUUCGAAAGAAUGCAAUUGUCAUGUUAUGUUUUACUAAAACAAGUUUGAGUAACAACUUCAAAUAGACAAAAUCAUGAGAAGAGUGAAAGCUUCUGUUCUCUUCUUCACUCAUUAUAUCUCUUCCAUCAAGGUAUCAUCUGAAAGUAAAAGAAUAGGCAAGAUUCAGAUAAAGCAUAAUAUUCCACAAACCAACAUGUAAGAAACACAGCAAAAGUCAGUACCUUCAUCAUUUCCAUCGUCGCUGCUUAAUUCGGAUUCAUUAUCCUUCUCACCAUAUAAAUGCUCUUCUACAUCUUCCUCCUCAUCUUCACUUUCAUCAGUCUCUUGCUCAUGAACCCUUGUUUGAGUUUCAUUUCCUGCAGCUUUACUGAUCUGCCAUAAAAUAAAGGUGUCACUGGAACUAAAUAGCCAUAUAUGCUAAUAACUUAAUUUAUAGUUAAUUAAGAAGAUAAUAGAAAAAAAGAAGAAGAUAUUAUAAUUGAUAUGUUACCUCGGGACUUGGUAAUCUGGGACAAUAGUAUAAUAUAUAUUUACACCAAGCAAAUUUGACAGAACUAACCAAUUUUUUUAGCUGUACUAUCAUCUCUUUACCUUAUGCAAUGUAGUAAGCAGCUGUUGUUCCUUUGGUUCUUGGGACAUGAUGUAAUGACGAUGGUUCACCAUUAUGCUGUAUAUCCAUGGAAGAAGAUACUUCCCACCACAUCCUCUGUUAAAAAAGUUUGCACUUCUAGCGUAAUGGGCUUAAAAAAUUAAACCGACUAUCUUUCAGAAUAUAAAGGGAAACCCUAAAACUAGUCUCGUCUCUCUUCGUCGCAUAAACCCUAGGUUCUCUGGAAAUAUGCUUACAUCCAGCCUUGAGAAAGCUGCUCUUGCUGGUGAUUACGCCUCCGUCAAUGGUAUUCUCCGUAUGGCUAAUACUAUUUUCAACAACUUUAGGCAUCAUGAGGCGGGUUUCGCUCCUCUGUUGCAACAACUUUUCCUCAAAACAGAUUCUUUGAUUGAUUCUGCCGUGAGCUCUGGUGGUGAAUCAGCAGCUAUGCUUACGCCUCUCUUGGAGUCCCAAAGGCUUUGCUGCAGAAUAUUUUUCUCGUUGCCUGAGUGUUUCAAGGAUCAUAUGAACGAGUGGAUGGGAGUGUUUAACAAGUGUUUAUCUUGUAAUUACCCAUCUUUGGAAAGCACAGCAGAUGGGUUAGGGCUCGUGGAUGAUCUUCGUUGUGCUGUUUGUGACAACAUUAACCUGUACAUGGACAAGUACGAAGAAGAAUUCCAACGAUUCGUGGAGGGUUUUGCAUUAGCUGUUUGUACACUACUCCGAGAGGUAUCAAAGUCUCCGAUCAGGGAUCAACUAGCUACUACGGCAAUCAAGUUUUUGACCACUGUCAGCACCACAAGUGCGCAUCAUGCUUUGUUUGCCAAUGGGAUCAGGGAUAUCUGCCAGAGUAUUGUGAUUCCCAAUCUUUCUUUGAGGGAGAAAGAUAAACAACUGUUCGAGAUGGAUUUUAUGGAGUUUAUCCGUCGAGACAUGGAUGGAAAUACUCGGAGGGGAAUGGCUUGUGAGCUGCUCAAAGGACUCGCCACAUAUUACAAACCACAAGUGACACAAGUAGUUUCUCAUGAGUUACAUAAGCUCUUGAGUUCCUUUGCAACAAAUCCCGCUGCACAGUGGGAAGAUAAGGAUUGUGCAAUUUACUUGGUCGUGUCUCUGGGUGCAGAUUUUUUUGAUGUUCAAAGCUUCUUUGCAAACUUUAUAAUCCCCGAGUUGCAAUGCCCCGAUGUGGACAGUUAUCCAAUGCUAAAGGCAGGGUCCUUGAAGUUGUUAACAAUGUUCCGUAGUCAUCUACCAAUGCAGUUGUUCCCGGAGGUGGUCCGGUUCCUUGGAGCUGAGUCGAACGUGGUGCACUCAUAUGCUGCUAUAUGCAUAGAGAAGCUCUUGCUACUCAAGGACGAAGGUGGAAGGAGGAGGUAUGUGGGCAGUGAUAUAAGUCCAUUUUUGCUCCAGUUGAUGACGUCUCUGUUGGAUCGUACUGAAUCUGAAGAGAAUCAAUAUAGUAUCAAGUGCAUAAUGCGGGUUCUUGGUGUUGCGGAAAUCACACGGGAGGUUGUUGACCUUUGCUUGGGACGCUUGACCACUGUUUUCAGUCAAGUGGUUAGAAAGAAUCCUACCUUUAAUCACUACAUCUUUGAGUCCGUGGCUGUGCUUGUCCGAAGGGCAUGUGAAGGUGAUAUUUCGCUAAUUACUGAAUUUGACGCGAGUCUUUUCCCAAGGCUGAAGAUGAUUUUGGCGGAUGAUGUUCGCGAGUUCAUACCUUAUGCGUUUCAGCUUCUGGCUCAGCUCGUUGAGCUCAACAUACAACCUAUUUCACCGGACUAUAUGGACAUGUUGUUGCUUCUCCUCGCACCUAAUCCUAAUUGGUGGAGGAGCCACCAAGUCCCAGCACUGGUGCGUUUGCUUCAGGCUUUCCUGCAGAAAGCACCUCAUGAGGUUACUCAAAAGAAUCUGUUGGGUCAAGUGUUGGGGGUGUUCGACAAGUUGGUUAAAACUCCUAGCACAGUCGAACAAGGCUGUUAUGUGCUCAACGCUGUUAUUGAGUAUAUGGAGUACGGUGUGAUUGCACCAUACAUGACGUUUGUAUGGAGUUCUCUCUUCACACACCUUGAGCAAAAAAAGUCUGUCAAGCUCCAGAAAUGUCUAGUAAUAUUCAUAUCCCUCUUCUUGGUGAAGCACGGACCAGCUAAUCUAGUCGACACUAUGAAUGCUGUUCAACGCAACAUUUUCAUUGCGAUCGUGGACCGUUUCUGGAUUCCAGACCUUAAGCUGAUCAUGGGAACUAUGGAGGUAAAGUUAACCGCAGUUGCCGCGACAAGACUCAUAUGUGAGACUCCAGCCCUUCUCGAUCCAGCAGCUUCUAAGUUAUGGGGGGGAAUGGUGAAUAGUAUAGUGUCUCUUGUUUCAAGGCCUGAGCAGGAAAGAGCCAUCGAUGAACCUGAGAUGCCAGACAACACAGCUACCUUUGUGAAUCUUUACAAUGUUGGGAGAAGAGAAGUGGAUCCUCUCCAAGACAUUACAGAUCCAAAGCACUUCUUCGUGACUUCUCUGGCCAUGCUUUCUGCUUCUCAUCCUGGUAGAUACCCUUGGGUUAUUCGUUAUAAUCUCGAAAAAGCAAAUCAAGAUGCAUUGAUCAAGCUUUGCACUGCUUACAACUGUGCAAUUGUUUGAAAGAGAGAUUGGUGUGAGGAGAAAAGAGGAGGAAAUACACAACAACGUUGCAUUGCUUCUGCCAAGAAAAGGGGUAGUAAAAUCAUGUUUUCUUUCUGUCUUAAAUCGGGUGUUUCAUAUCAUUCGGGUGUCUUAAAUUUCUUUGUUUGGUUUUGAAGUUUUCUUCAUGGGGGUGGGUUGUUUUUUUUUUUUUUUAUCUCUUGUAUUGUGUUACAAUUUACAAUGCGUUUAUUUAUGUCUUUGUCGGCUGGUCA